AUGGUAUCCGGGACCAUUUUAAACAUUCGUGCCUCGCCACUUACUAGUUCAAAUAUUGUAAAUAUAGCACAAGCUCUGGAGACAGAAAAACAAAUUGCAUGGUAUGAAGCUUUCCAGGAAAUUGCUGACGUCACGGAGAGAGAUUCAAUAUUGUACAAAACGGCCAUUGCUUACCACUUGACGGGAUUGUCGGUGAAAGCCCUGGAUAUACUUACCAAUCUACAGCAGACAAGUACUCGAUCUCUGGAGACCAUGACUAAGAUAGUAAGAUUGAAGGCCGAAUCCCAAGAGGAAAACCAACAGGAAGACAAAGAAGUAGGUUCACAAAAUCCUUUGGACAUCGUUUACAAACAGCUGUGUAAAACACAAACGUCGUUAACGCGAGCCCGUGUAUUCAAAGGCGAUGAUCAAGAAGUAGAUGGAUCAAGGACAGGUGACAGUGCAAGCCUGAAAAUACGGACGAGUACAACUGUAAAACUGGAGAAAAGAAUAGAACUACUUACUGGUUUGGAUGCUUCCGUUGGCAGAGACAUUAAAACGUCUGAUAAAUUACAGGUGGUGAACUAUGGUCUCGGUGGGCAUUAUAGUCGACACUAUGACGAUAUAUACUGUAGAACCGAGACCGCAAUGCACCAUGGGAAUUAUACUCGUAACGAAAGAAUUGCGACAUGGAUUUUUUAUCUCAACGAUGUAGAGGCAGGUGGUGCCACGGUUUUUCCCUUACUCAAAAUCAGGAUAGUUCCCAUCAAAGGUUCUGCCGUUUUUUGGUACAACCUAAUGCCGAGUGGGGAAACUGAUUUUCGAUCACAACACGCCGCAUGCCCAGUGAUAUUGGGGACAAAAUGGAUUACCACGAAGUGGAUACGAGAACUUGGCCAGGAAUUACGGAAACCGUGUAAAACACAAUAUUCGGCGGAGCAUUUUUGA